ACGAGAUUUUUGUCUAGUCAACCUAUUCAAUUAAUCAGAUUAUUCUGACUUGUUACGGACAACGGUUUCCGUGUUCAGAAAUCAGAAGAGAAACAGACAGAAAUCCCCCACUCCUAUCAGCGUCCGUCGCAAACUCUGCCCGCAUUUAUAGACCCACGAAUUCCCUCCCGGCUUUUCUCUUUUCUUCAUCAUCUCUCAUACAUCCUGAGUCUCUUCCUCCUCCUGAUUGUCAAGCCGAGCUACACAGUUAACCCCGCCAUGGCCACCGACGACAAACUCGUCGUCGAAACCACCAACCCGACCGACGAAAAAGGACUCUCCUCUCAAGAUAUCUCCCUCGAAAAACCAUCCUCAAUGGACCGCCUAAUCGCCGACGCAAAAGCCGCCACCGACAAAGAACACAAAAUGACUUUACUUCAGGGAAUCAGACUAUAUCCCAAAGCCGUGUUUUGGAGUAUACUGAUUUCCUCGUGUAUUGUUAUGGAAGGGUAUGAUAUUAGUCUUGUGGGGAAUUUGUAUGGGUUUCCGGCUUUCAAUAGGAAGUAUGGGGAGCUGGGUGCUGAUGGGACGUAUCAGAUUCCUGCUAGGUGGCAAUCGGGUUUGAGUAAUGGUGCCGCGGUGGGGGAAAUUAUUGGAUUAUUUAUUAAUGGUUAUGUCUCGGAACGAUUUGGAUAUCGAUAUACCGUCAUGAGCUGUUUGGUUCUGAUUGCGGCGUUUACGGCAAUCUUCUUCACAGCUCAGAAUGUGCAAACCCUGCUAGCCGCCGAGAUUCUCUGCGGUGUUCCAUGGGGGGUCUUCCAGACAUUGACCGUCACGUAUGCAUCUGAAGUCUGCCCCGUGGCUCUACGAAGCUAUUUGACAUGCUACGUCAACGUGUGCUGGGGAAUCGGCCAAGUCAUCGGAGUAGGCGUGAUCAAAGCCAUGCUCAAUCGCGACGAUCAAUGGGCAUAUCGCAUCCCGUACGCCCUGCAAUGGAUGUGGCCACUACCUUUAUUCAUCGGAGUCUGGUUUGCACCUGAAUCACCCUGGUGGCUCGUCCGCAGAGGUCGCGUCGAAGACGCAAAAAAAGCCCUUCUCCGAUUGACCAGUCUGAACAAAGAGACCAAUUUUGAUGCAAACGAGACUAUCGCCAUGAUGGUCCACACCACCGCCUUGGAACAGAAAAUCACCUCUGGCGCGAGUUACUGGGAUUGUUUCAAGGGCACCGACCGCCGUCGUACGGAGAUUGUAUGCAUGGUCUGGGCUAUUCAGAAUCUCAGCGGAAAUUCAUUCUCAAAUUAUUCCACAUAUUUCCUCGAACAAGCCGGUCUGAGCUCGUCGGAUUCCUACUCUUUUGCUCUGGGCCAGUACGGUAUCAACAUAGUCGGCGUAUUUGGUGCCUGGGCUCUGAUGGCAUGGGGUGUCGGUCGUCGAUCACUCUAUCUCUUUGGUCUAUGCGGUUUGUUCUCCAUGUUGUUCGUCAUGGGAUUUUUGGGUCUUGUCCCCGCAUCACAUCGUACCCAGGGCGCACUCGCCACGGGAUCAAUGAUGAUUAUUUGGGCUCUUUUCUAUCAAUGCUCCGUCGGAACAGUGUGCUACUCCCUCGUCUCGGAACUUUCCACCCGUCGUCUGCAGAUCAAAUCCGUCGUCCUCGCCAGAAACUUAUAUAACGUUGUCGGAAUUAUCACGGGAGUCUUGACACCAUAUAUGCUGAACCCCACGGCAUGGAACUGGAGUAACUAUGCCGGCUUCUUCUGGGCUGGAUUGUGUUUCUUGUGUAUUGUAUACACUUAUUUCCGUGUCCCCGAACCCAGUGGUCGCACGUUUGCUGAGUUGGAUGCUCUAUUUGAGAAAGGGGUUAGUGCGAGGCAGUUUGCGUCGACGCAGAUUAAUGUCUUUGAGGAGGAGGUUGAUAAGGGCGUCGGUGAUACUUAUAAGGAUGUUUUUGAGCACGAGAUGAAAUGCUAGAGUACCACGGUUAGCCUUGCGGUGUUUGUAAAUAUUAGUUGAAGUCUGACGAGUAUUUAAUGUGAUAAAUCUGUUAU